CCAAUAAAUUUGCUUCAAUAUUUUAUGUUUUAAAAAUUAUUUUAUUAUAAUAAUUUCAGUAAUAAAUUUUUAAUUUUCAAUCAAAUAACUGUAUUCGAACAGUUGGCCACAUGGGUUGGGGCACUUUUAUGGGAAACGCCGCCGGCUUGUGAUUUGUGAACCCACAGUUUGAGAUUGCACCAAGAAACGCACACCUUUUUCUGGGUACCAUAAAAACACAGCUCUCUCUCUCUUCAUCUACUUGAAAAGAAAAUUCCUGCUUUGAGCUUCAUCUUAGGAACUUUUAUGGGUGCAUAGGUUGCAAUUUGCUAUCUACACUAGUCUGUUGUAGAAACAGUUUUAGAUAUAAUAACACAGUAUACAGAAGAUGGGUAAUCUGCUUUGUUUUGUACAAGUUGACCAAUCCACUGUGGCUAUCAAGGAGAAAUUUGGUAAGUUUGAGGAAGUUCUUGAGCCAGGAUGCCAUUUCUUGCCUUGGUGCCUUGGAAGUCAGCUUUCUGGUCAUCUCACUCUUCGGUUACAGCAAUUGGAUGUGCGAUGUGAGACUAAGACAAAGGACAAUGUAUUUGUCAAUGUCGUUGCCUCUAUUCAAUACCGUGCCCUGGCAGACAAGGCAAGCGAUGCCUUUUACAAACUCAGCAACACAAGAAGCCAAAUCCAGGCCUAUGUGUUUGAUGUAAUCAGAGCAAGUGUCCCAAAGCUCACCUUGGAUGAAGCCUUUGUACAGAAAAAUGACAUUGCCAAAGCUGUAGAAGAUGAACUUGAAAAGGCUAUGUGUGCUUAUGGGUAUGAAAUUGUACAAACACUCAUUGUUGAUAUAGAACCUGAUGAGCAGGUCAAGCGAGCAAUGAAUGAAAUCAAUGCAGCUGCAAGAAUGAGGGUGGCAACCAAUGAGAAGGCAGAGGCUGAGAAAAUCUUGCAAAUUAAGCGAGCUGAGGGUGAGGCUGAGUCGAAGUAUUUGUCUGGGCUGGGUAUUGCCCGCCAACGUCAAGCAAUUGUUGAUGGAUUGAGAGAUAGUGUGUUGGGCUUCUCUGUUAAUGUGCCGGGGACCACGCCAAAGGAUGUCAUGGACAUGGUUCUUGUUACCCAGUAUUUUGACACAAUGAAGGAAAUUGGUGCUGCCUCAAAAUCCUCUGCUGUGUUCAUCCCUCAUGGACCUGGUGCUGUUCGUGAUGUAGCAUCUCAAAUUCGUGAUGGACUUCUUCAGGGUUCUGUUCAACAUUAGGGUUACUUUUCCAUUUUUCCCCCUUUGUGUAUUGAAACGAGGUCUAUGUAUGUUGAUGUUUCUCUGCAAGUUUUUCAGCGUGUUAUGUAAUCUAUCUUGAUGCAACUGUCAUGUCUGUUUGUGAAUUGAUAAUUAUUGUAAAUAGGAGACUGAAAAAUGUCUCAAGUAUGUACAGAUCUUCAAACUUGAAUAUGACACAGCUAAAAUUGCUUCUGUUAA